AGGUGGAAGUCUAUGAAAUAGCGGUGCGUUAGGUAGCUCGGGACGGGUGGGAAAUUGAUCCGCGCAUGGCCACUAGAGGAGGCUGGCUGGCCUGCGCAUCACCUCAGUUGUGGAGCAGCUGGCGCGGGAAACACCCUCCUCUGCCCAGCUUGCAAUUCAUCCGCGGUGUUAUGCCGAGUGUUCGGAGGCGGGAGUGACCUGGAGUGAGCAGUGGCACUGGCAGUGAUUGCGGUGCUGAGUAAACAUGUACAAAUAGGUGGUUACGGCAGGGAGGCAUCCCCAGCGGCCGAGUGCGUGCGUGCUGUUAGUGACUGUCGUGGCUCGCACAGGCGCUUGCCCCCACCACCAACAUUCCCCCACACAGCAUGGCCUCGGUGGCCGCUUGGUUGCCCUUCGCUCGAGCAGCUGCCAUCGGAUGGGUUCCCAUCGCCAACAACCCCCUGCCGGCGCCGCCCAUCGCCAAGGAUAAGCGGCGACCGGAUGAUGAGAAGCUGCUAAUCAAUGUGUCGGGCCGGCGGUUUGAAACCUGGCGCAACACUCUCGAGAAAUACCCUGACACACUUCUCGGCUCCAAUGAAAGGGAGUUUUUCUAUGACGAGGAAACCAAAGAAUACUUCUUCGACCGAGACCCAGACAUAUUCCGUCACAUCCUAAAUUACUACCGCACGGGGAAGCUCCACUACCCCAAGCACGAGUGUCUCACCAGCUAUGACGAAGAGCUGGCAUUCUUCGGGAUCAUCCCUGACGUGAUCGGUGACUGUUGUUACGAGGAUUAUCGUGACCGCAAACGCGAAAAUGCCGAGCGUCUCUUGGACGACAAGCUCUCCGAAAGUGGAGAGCAAGACAAAUAUGUUUAUCGUACAAUACGUGAACGUAUGUGGCGAGCCUUUGAAAACCCACACACGUCGACGGCGGCAUUAGUGUUUUACUACGUGACUGGGUUCUUCAUCGCCGUGUCGGUGAUGGCCAACGUUGUAGAGACGGUGCCGUGCGGUCGCCUACCGGGCAAGAAGGAAUCGCAACCCUGCGGAGAGCGCUAUAAAAUUAUCUUCUUCUGUGGUGACACGGCGUGCGUCAUGAUCUUCACAGCUGAGUACCUUUUGCGUAUGUUCGCGGCACCCGACCGCUGUAAGUUUGUACGCUCUGUCAUGUCCAUUAUCGACGUGGUGGCCAUCCUGCCCUACUACAUCGGUCUUGGCAUCACCGACAACGACGACGUGUCUGGAGCCUUCGUCACCCUCCGAGUGUUUCGCGUGUUCAGGAUCUUUAAGUUCUCGCGCCACUCCCAGGGGCUGCGCAUCCUGGGCUACACGCUCAAGUCCUGCGCUUCUGAGCUGGGUUUCCUCGUGUUCUCCCUCGCUAUGGCCAUCAUCAUCUUCGCCACCGUCAUGUUCUACGCUGAGAAGAACGUAGAGGAGACCACCUUCACGUCCAUUCCCUCGGCGUUCUGGUACACCAUUGUCACCAUGACGACACUAGGAUACGGCGACAUGGUUCCGCACACGCCCACGGGGAAGAUCGUGGGCGGCGUGUGUUCCCUCUCGGGCGUGUUGGUGAUCGCCCUGCCCGUGCCUGUCAUUGUGUCCAACUUCUCCAGGAUUUACCACCAGAACCAGCGAGCAGACAAGAGAAAAGCGCAGAAGAAGGCCCGCCUAGCCCGCAUCAGGAUCGCCAAGGCGUCUUCCGGAGCGGCGUUCGUCACCAAGAAGAAGGCGGCUGAGGCGCGGCUGGCAGCCCAGGAGAGCGGCCUCGAAAUGGACGAGUUCAACAAGGAAGAGGACAUCUUCGAGAUGCAGCACCACCACCUCCUGCGCUGCCUCGAGAAGACAACGGACCGAGAGUUCGUGGAGCUGGAGGUGCCGUACAACGGUCAGCCCAACAGGCCGGGCAGCGCCUCGCCACCCCAGAGUCGGAGCCCCUCACUCUCCAGCCACACCAACUUCACCAUUACCUGCUGUGGCCGAAGGUUUGGGGGAAAGUCAUACCAGCGUAAAGGCGGCGGCACGGGCUCAGAACGCGGAUAUGACGAGGAACUGAACGAAAUUCACGUCCGAGAUACAAUGUUGCUGAACACAACAGCGACAGACCGAAGCGGGUGGGGGCUUCUAAACCAACCGGGUCUUCCUACACACCCCACCCCCAUUCCCACCGUCACCACCACUUCGGGCAGCCCGGGGACUGCUGCCCCCAGCGUGGUGGCGGUCAGCAAACCUAAUUCAACUACCACCGUCACAACAGCCAUCGUCAACCUCCCCACGCCGUCACCCAAUGGAGAAGGUGACCUGCCCGCCUCCUCUGUUGGCUCCUCGUCCCCCGCCAACCAGGGAGUGUUGAGAAUAUCUUCUCUCUAAACACUGAUGCAUAGUGAGACUGUGGACAUCUUGUGGCACUAAGCUAUGGCGUGAACUCAUCUGGUUUAGUGUCAUGGCGGGGCAAAGCAGAAGGACCGUUCGGUGCGGCCCGUCAGUAAGUCUUGGACCAACGGCCCCAUGUGGCUUACUCUUGCAGUGUCGACGAGUUGACAAGCACGUCGCAGCAGUCAGGGCCAAAUAAUCUACUCAAGGAAUCUAUAUAACAAAAUAGGCAAAUUUGUGUUUUUUACCAUUUGUUCUCGAAUCUUUCAGAAAACUAAAGUGGAUAUUAAGCCUGUAAAUCACGCCACCCUCGUCAGCCUAACGCGGCGCGGUCUGGGCCUGAGAGGUGCGUGGGUCCUGGUGCCUCGAGACGCACUUGGCCACACCUGGUGCCACGCAGGGCGGCCACCACCUGCCCAACUCCUCUUUGCCACACACUUGCUGCUUCCCAGCUCGCUUGCCGUUCCUCACCUCAGCCAGACGGCAUCGAGUCCGCCCCGCCCCCAGGACCCUCCUCCACCAAGUUCAUUGUUAGCAGUUUGGUCUCGCUCUUCACCUGGCCUUCCACCUGCCGGGCCGAGGGCGGGCCCCGGCGCCGCCCGGCUACCCGGUCACCCAGGGAUAACAAGCCGCCGUGGGUCAGCAGUGUAAAUAAAUACUUUAGGGAAUCUAUGUAAUCUUCGGGUUUUAUUGUGUACUUUUGCACUAUAUUUUAUUACUGGAAUUACUAUUGUAAUUUAUAUGAUAGCGUAUCUAGCGUCCUUGUUACAUACUCCCAGGUCUAUUAUCUCUUUGUUUCGGGAAGCGUGCAACAUUUAAGGAACUUUAUUCGAAAAAAAUAUUCAGUGAUAUUCACAGUGUACCUAAAAAAAUGGUAGAAAUAAAAAACAAUACUGUUACAAUAAUAUAUAUAUAUAUAUAUAUAUAUAUAUAUAUAUAUAUAUAUAUAUAUAUAUAUAUAUAUAUAUAUAUAUAUAUAUAUACAUACAUAUAUAUACAUAUAUAUCAAAUCGUACACACACUACUACAAUGUACUAUAAGUUUGACGGGUACGUGAUGACCGAGUAUGAGAAGAAAGAGUAGUAAAAUAUUGUGAAGCGCAUGAUGGCAGGACAGAAUGCGUAAAAUGUAUAGGUAGCAUGACGCCCUGACGCCCUUGGCUGGCGGGACGCCGUGUGUGUAUGUGUGUGUGUGCGUGUGUGUGAGAUGAGGUGUAGGUGUUGCCAUGUGUUGCGUGCCGAGGUGCAGGCCGAACUGCGUGGCGCGGUGUUAGGCAGCUUAUUCCUUGAAGUGAGGCAUGACAUGGUGACGUGUGGCAGGUAACACAUGACGAAGCGUGGUGUGGGGAGCUGUGUUGAGAUAUGAUGAGAGAAAGUCUACACAAGUGUGCAAUGAAGCUUGGUGGAUCAAAAGUGAAGUGUGAAGAGAAAACAGCAAGUUAGAGUGAUGAGUUAGAAUGCAUAGUGGCCAUGAUUGAAACUGUAGAGAGAGAGAGAGAGAGAGAGAGAGAGAGAGAGAGAAUAUGGGGGAGGGAGGCCGACAGGAACAGAGUUGCCUAAUAAAGCUAACCACCAACGUCUAAUUGUGAUAAAAAACGUAACCGCGGCUCACCGGAAUACAUGCCGCUAGUAAGAACAACAAUAAAAACAACAACAACAAUAAUAAUAAUAAUAAUAAUAAUAAUAAUAAUAAUAAUAAUAAUAAUAAUAAUAAUGAUAAUAAUAAUAAUGAUAACAAGGAUGAAAACAACAUUGAUGAAAAUACAACAAAGACAACAACAGACAAACGCUCUCAACAAAAUUCAGACGUACGUUUCCAUUAUCAUUAUAUCAACCUUACUUUCAGGCAUUUAGUCUUAUAAUGAUUCUUCACCAUCCCUAACGCCCCUCAACCCCACCAAUCCCCAGCCAGCACCACUCCCCGUGCCCUACCAUUCCACACUACCACCACCACCACCACCACCACCACCACCACCACCACCACCACAACCACCACCACUACCAGCGACAUCAUCUUUGCUUAAAUAUUUAUCCACAAAACUUUCCUUUGCGGUCACGCGAUCCUGACAAAAAAUAAAAAAAGAAAAAUAUCCUCUCCUAAGAAAUUCAAUAGUAUGUAUAUAAUAUUAAUAAUAGUGAUAACAUAACCAUACAUAAAGGUACUGGCGAAGGCGUUUCUUCCCCUCUUGCAUUAGACUAGAAGGGAAGGAUGAAUAUAAUACGAGAGACGCCGCCAGUUAUACGUAUACUAGUACCUUGCUAAACUAAACUACCUGACAGAAGAAAGGAGAUAGAAGAAAAGGAGACAGACAGAUAGACAGACAAACAGACAGAUACGCGCAAGAUGUUUCCUUCAGGAGGCAGCAACACUUGCGUCGCGUCAGUCAAUAAAAGUAAAAACUUCAAAAGAUUCAAUGUUCCUGUGUGCCUCUGUGUACAUAACAUAUUUAUAUCUAGUGAGUGUUUCUAUGUGCGUGGUGAGCAAGUGUGUGCUGGGGGCAGCGGACCAUGCCUUCGCGCGCGCGCGCGUGUGUGUGUGUGUGUGUGUGUGUGUGUGUGUGCCAGUGCCAGAGAGAGAGAGAGAGAGAGAGAGAGAGAGAGAGAGAGAGAGAGA